UCAACUUUUGCUUUCUCUGCGCUCUGCUUAGACUUUCGAUUUCUUCAAGCUUUCUGUGGGUUUUCUUCUUCUGCUGUCAAGAUUCCUCGUUUUCAAGUUGCUCCUUAUCUUUCUUUUGAUCCUGCGUAUUUGCUAGCGAGGUAUUUUACCUUUUCUCUAAUUUAAUUUCUUGGUAGUUUUUCAGUUUUCAUUUUAUUCCUUCUGUUCUUCGUCUUGUUCUUCGUCUUGUUCUCCUUCUUUUCCCUUCUUUUGAUCUUUUAGAGUUUUAAUUUUAUCAUCAUUCCGUGUUUCCCCCCCAUUUUAAAAAUUUUAAAAUGUCAGAAGUAACUGAGGGGGCGAAGGGUGCUCGUGACGAGCUAGAAUAUACCCGGAGCUCCUUGUCAAGAGAGCAGAUACUCGGUUAUGCCGAGGAUUUUAGCUUCCCCGGGUCGUAUGUUAUUCUGAGGCCGGCGAAAUCGUAUCGGGCGAAUCAUAGCACGGAUUCGCCUUCUAAGAUAGUAAUUUUUCAUGAACAGCUUUUAGCGGGUCUAAGGUUUCCCUUAGAGUCUUUAAUCGUAGAGGUCUGUCAUAAUUUAGGUGUUCCUUUGGGUCAACUGCAUCCGAACGCGAUUCGCCUUCUUUGUUCUUUUAUGGAAUCGUGUAGGGUUCGGAUGCAGGAGCCUUCGCUUGCUCUUUUUAAUUAUUUUUAUGUUUUCUCCCGCCGAAAGGGUGAGGAAUUUAUUUUUGCUGGUGGUCGACCGAAUCGAUCCCUUUUUAGUCUUCCUUCUUCUUUGAAGGGUUGGACCCCUAAGUUUUUCUUGGUUCAGCACUCUUCUUUCUCCUCUUUUUCGCGGAGUUUUACUUCUAGUAAGGUUUCGCUUACUAACGUACCUGAUUUGGAUGAUGGGGAGAAAGACUUCGCCCAGUCUUUGCUGUCGGAUUGUCGUUUUGACAAGCCCAAGUACAGCGUUCUUUUAGAACAGUAUUUGAGUCGUCGUGAGAUACUUUUGGCGGGUCUUCCUUUAGAAGGUAUUUUUCUAAUCUUUUGUUGUUAUGUUUUUGUUUUGUAGGAUGUCGACUUCUCUUGAACAUUUGCUUGACAAUUUUCAUGUCGAUAUGACUGUAGAUAUGGGCGAGGUCACCAGCGGCGUUCCUAAUCCCUCUACAAUCGCCGUGCCGAAUCCGACGCCUGAUUCGGUGAAUCCUGAUCUUGAUCCCGCUUCUGGCGAUCAAGUUCCUGCUGCGACUUCCGAGUCGCCUCUGCUUCCUUCGAAGGAGUCAGGUCCUUCUCUGAAGGGGUUGCCUACUGCUGGCCAGAAGCGUCCUGCUGAGGACCAGGCUGGGGCUUCUACCAAGCGUCCCAAGAAGAAGAAAUCUUUUGGGGUGUCUAUUGAGGAGGCGCCUCGGUUUGCUGCUUGGGCGGACGCGCAAAAUCCGCCUCGUCUUUCAAACGUCGCCAUUCUUCAUGCUUGCAUGGAGAAUAUUAUGAUAAAAGAGGACAUUGAGUCCAUUGAUCGCGAACAUGGCGAUAAUUUGGCUGAGUUCGCCUGUCUCGGCGGUUUUUCGGUGGUCCAGUCCAUCGCUGUUUUGGAGCGCCGCCGAAGGGAUGCGGUGGAUCAAUUGAAGAAGCUUCAGAGAGAUUCCGAAUCCUGGCUCUCCGAGAAACAAAAGAUGGAGGAGGAGGCUGGCGAGGCGACUGGUCUGAUCCAACAGCUGAGGUCCUCCGUAUCUACCAAGACUCGGGAGAUUUCCGCUUUAGAGGCUCGGGUUCGAACUUUAUCCGAGGAAGUCGAGUCUCUACAAUCUUCUUCAGGUGCUCUCCCUAAGGAGAGGGAUGAUCUGAAGAAAGAAGAGGGGCGUCUCCGCCGGCGAUUGGGUGACUCUGGGAGCUUUUAUUCCCAAGUCAUGACACAAUACCGGUUGGCGAUCGGGGCAAAGCUGCGGGAGCAGAAUCCUGGCGUCGAUCUUUCUGGAGUCAAUCAGUUGGAUCCUGCUUCUUUGGCGAAGGAGGUGAAGGCGAAGCUUGAUAAGCAGAAGCAAGAUGCUUUGAAUAAGGCUUAGUUUUUAUUUUCUCCUUUUUGUAUUUUUUGCUUUUUAGUAUUUUUUGCUUUCGCCUUUUUUUUUGUAUUGGAUCGUGGCGGA